AUGGCCUCGUCGAGGGAAGACCUAUUCCGGGUCCUGGUCAUCAACCCCAAUACUUCCUCGCGUAUGACCGAUGCCCUAAGACCCAUUCUGGAGCGGAUGAAUUACGCCGACGUGCAUUUUGACUACUUCACCGCACCCGAUCAUCCUGUAGAGGUGAAUGGAAGGACCUACGACCCUAUUCCCAGCAUCAACUCCGGUGAAGACUCGGCCAAGUCGGCAUGGCAUUGCCAUUCGACCCUGCAUCUGGUGGACCAGUACGAUGCCUUCCUGGUGGCAUGCUAUUCGGCGCACCCGCUGGUUGGAAUGUUAAAGCAGAAGGUCAAGCAAUCAUCACAAAAUAAAUACGUGACCGGCAUCUUCGAAGCCAGCAUCACAGCAUCUCUAUCCCUGAUCAGCGCCUUUGACUUCGACCUCCCCGGGGAAUUGCACAAGUCCCAAAUCAAAGAGACAUUCGGCAUUAUCACCACUGGCAGUGCGUGGAAGGACGAGCUCAGUAAUGCCGUUACCGAUAUGCUGGGAACCAGUUCGUCGUCACGAUUCGCUGGCGUUGAAACGACGGGGUUGACAGCGAUUGAGUUGCACACGACACCCGCCGACGAAGUACGGCGCCGGAUCUGCGAUGCCACCCGGCGACUAAUUCAAAGCGCACCACACCCGGUGCGGGCUAUUUGUCUGGGCUGUGCAGGUAUGGCGGGGAUGGAGGAAGCGGUGCGCGAGGGCUGUGUCAUGGAGUAUGGCGAGGAGGGCGGCCAGAAAGUGAGGAUCGUGGAUGGCGUCGUUGCUGGUGCUGGGACAUUGUCACGACCGAUGCUGAGACAGUGGGAAUUCGCAGGGAAAUCAUCACCAUCCAAGCCGGCCAGUGCGGCAACAACGUUCUGGCAGCAGCUGUGCCUCGAGCACGGUAUCAGCCAGGAUGGGAACCUGGAGGAGUUUGCAACGGAGGGCGGAGAUCGCAAGGAUGUCUUCUUCUACCAGAGUGACGAUACCAGAUACAUUCCCCGCGCGAUCCUCCUGGACCUGGAACCCAGAGUCCUGAACGGCAUCCAGACUGGUCCUUAUAAAAACAUCUACAACCCGGAGAACUUCUUUAUCGGGCAGCAGGGCGUUGGAGCGGGAAACAACUGGGGUGCUGGAUAUUCUGCUGGAGAGAGCGUACAAGAGGAGGUCUUUGAUAUGAUUGAUCGAGAAGCAGACGGAAGUGACUCUCUGGAGGGAUUCAUGCUGCUACAUUCGAUCGCAGGAGGCACGGGCUCCGGGCUGGGCAGUUUCAUCUUGGAACGCAUGAAUGACCGGUUCCCCAAGAAGCUGAUCCAGACGUAUUCCGUCUUCCCCGACGUCUCUGAUGUGGUCGUCAACCCAUACAACAGCUUGCUUACAAUGCGACGAUUGACCCAGGACGCAGACUCCGUGGUCGUGUUGGACAAUGGUGCGCUGUCGAGAAUUGUCGCCGAUCGAAUGCACGUUCAAGAGCCCUCGUUCCAGCAAACCAACCAGCUGGUGUCGACGGUCAUGUCGGCCUCGACCACCACGCUUCGAUACCCCGGAUACAUGCACAAUGACCUGGCAGGAAUCAUCGCUUCGCUAAUCCCUACGCCGCGCAGCCAUUUCCUGCUUACGUCGUACACCCCCUUCACCGGCGACAACAUCGAGCAGGCCAAGACCGUCCGCAAGACCACCGUGCUCGAUGUGAUGCGACGUCUCCUCCAACCCAAGAACCGCAUGGUGUCGAUCAACCCCAGCAAGUCGAGCUGCUACAUCAGCAUCCUCAACAUCAUCCAGGGCGAGGCCGACCCCACGGACGUGCACAAGUCCCUGCUCCGGAUCCGGGAGCGGCGCCUUGCGUCGUUUAUCCCCUGGGGACCAUCCAGCAUCCAGGUGGCGCUCACGAAGAAGUCGCCGUACCUCCAACACACGCACCGGGUGAGCGGACUCAUGCUCGCCAACCACACCUCCGUCGCCACGCUGUUCAAGCGGAUCGUCCAGCAGUACGACCGCCUGCGCAAGCGCAAUGCCUUCCUGGAGCAGUACAAGAAGGAGGCCCCCUUCUCCGACGGACUGGGCGAGUUCGACGAAGCCCGGGCGGUGGUGAUGGAUUUGGUCGGCGAGUACGAAGCCGCCGAGCGAGAGGACUACCUGGACCCGGACGCCGGGAAAGAGAAGGAGCUCGGGGGAGCCCUAGCUACUAGCGCCUACCUAUCUCCACCCCAGCGGCUACCUCGUACCCCGACCCCAACCCCCUAA